AUGGCGGAUACUUCUGGGACUUUGAAAAGUAUAGAACGACUGAAACGUGAGAAAAGAAAUGCAAAGACAAGGCUUACAAGAGAAAGGAACAAAUUAUACGAGCUCCUAUCAACAACAAAAGCAAGUAAGAACACAAUUAGACGAUAUAUUAGUAAAAUCAAAUCAGAAUUUCUUAUAAUAGAAAAAUUACUAAACAAAUUGAAAGAAAUGUUUAUAUUCGAGAGCAUACCAGAAUCGGAAACAGAGGUAGAAAAAAUAGAAAGAGAAAUUGAUGAAAUAGGCAAUCAGGUGGAUGUCAUUAUAGAAGCUGCGGAAACGCAUUUAAAAGAAAGAUUGGAAGGGGGCGAAUUGGAAUCAAUAGCUCCAUCAGGCUCAACCCAUUCCGAGUAUGAAAUACAACAAUCAGAGAUAGAGGCAGCAAACAAAAGAGUCUUAACAUUACAAACAGAGGAAAACCAAAAAGAAGAAGAGCUUCAAAGGAAAGCUGUAGAACUUGAACUUGCAAAACAAAGAACAGAUGAGGCACGUAAGAUUGUUUGUAUUAUUGAUGCUAGAUCUCAUAAUACCACCCCCAAAACAGCGCAUGACUCUGAUGAAACAUGUUCCCACAGUCAAUUACCACAACAGGUACCAGGUCCUAGUACCCCCCUGAAUGAGAUGGACCCUAAUCAGUUUACACCACAACAAACCCUAUACCCUAGUACCCCUCCACCUGAGACACACCUUAGUCACCUCCAACCACAACAAACCCUAUACCCUAGUACCCCUCCACCUGAGACACACCUUAGUCACCUCCAACCACAACAAACCUUAUACCCUAGUACCCCUUCACCUGAGACACACCUUAGUCACCUCCAACCACAACAAACCCUAUACCCUAGUACCCCUCCACCUGCGACACACCCUGGUCACCUCCAACCACAACAAAUCCUAGAUCCAAGUGCCACAGCAUUUACUUCAUCCCAGUCCCCGCAACGACCCAUCCCAGAUCCUGACCUAAGUGAUGGUUUUUCCUCUCAAGGUCAUCCUGCCCAGUUUCCAUGGCAACAAACCUCCAAACCUGUUCUGAAUAGAUAUAACCCUAACACAUACCAGCUACAUACCCAGUUACCACCACCUGUUCUUGACAGCAUGAGUAGAUAUAUUCCGAGACAACAAUCACGUAUCCCUUAUACCUGGCAACCAUCACCAGCAGCACCAAGUUCAAAAACCCCAACUUCACACAGG